AUGCACCGCACCUACAGCAUGCGCCAGUCGCGCGCCCCUACGGCGUCGCAAAUCCAGAACCCCCCUCCUCCCACUUCUUCGACCAAAGCCGGACGAUUCUUUGGCAAAGGCAACAUCGGCCACACUUUCCGCCACAAGUCUGCUGGUGCAUUUGGCCCCGACUUGGCCAAGAAGCUCUCCGCGCUGGUCAAGAUGGAGAAGAACGUUAUGCGCAGCAUGGAGCUUGUCAGCAGAGAGCGUAUGGAAGUCGCACAACAAUUGUCUAUCUGGGGUGAGGCGUGUGACGAUGACGUCUCCGAUGUAACAGACAAGCUGGGCGUCUUGAUUUACGAAAUUGGCGAGCUGGAGGACCAGUAUGUGGAUCGCUACGACCAAUACCGUGUUACGAUUAAGAGCAUUCGCAACAUCGAGGCGUCUGUGCAACCCAGCCGUGACCGCAAGCAAAAGAUCACCGACCAGAUUGCGCAGUUGAAAUACAAGGAGCCCAAUUCUCCUAGGAUCGUUGUUCUCGAGCAAGAGCUGGUUCGUGCUGAGGCCGAGUCAUUGGUUGCCGAAGCCCAAUUGUCCAACAUCACCCGCGAGAAGCUCAAGGCUGCAUUCACAUAUCAGUUCGAUGCCAUGCGCGAGCAUUGCGAGAAAUUGGCCAUCAUUGCAGGUUUCGGCAAGCAUUUGCUCGAAUUGGUCGAUGACAACCCCGUCACACCCGGUGAAACCAGGAAUGCGUACGACGGUUACGAGGCCAGCAAGGCCAUUAUCCAAGAUUGCGAGGACGCUCUCACCAACUGGGUGUCACAAAAUGCCUCUGUAACAUCCAAGCUUUCGCAACGAUCCCGCACCCUCUCUCAACGCCGCAAGAACUCUGCCCGCCGUGCCGAAGGUGUGGAUCUUUCUCAGCAAGACCAGCCACUAGAGAGCAGAGAGUCGGGUCUCUGGAUUCCCGCAUCCGAACAUCAGGGUAACGGCUACGAGGAUGAAGAGGAGGAUGAUCUUGAUGCACCUUCUACCAUCGCGACCACCGAGGCUCGGGGACGGGAAGACGAGAGGGUGAUUGCGGCUUAA